UCGCGAGCACAGAUGGACAGGAAAGGAAACCGAGAGAUGAGCCCCUGGUAGCGCGAGAAGCAUCUUCUAAAAUAGAAACAGAAGCCGCUACUUCUGCUCCAGAAACAGAAAACUACAGUUUUGCACAGUGCUAUGCUGAUUUCACGUUUUAUAUCGCAGAAAAUUGAGGGAUGGUUGUGAGUGAGUGAGGAGGGCGGAUCUUUGCAGAGAAUGCUUGCGAAAGCCAAGGCGUGCGCUGUCCCAAGAGAACUCAUUUGAAGAGCUUGCAGAGAGAGAGAGAGAGAGACCGGAAUGCCGGGCAACAUCGCUCCUCCGGUUCACCUGCGAGGCUGAGUUUUCCUGAGCACCCUCUGUCUGUGAGUGUGUGUCUGAGUGUGUGUGUGUCUUAGUGUGUGUGUUAUGGCCUCUGGGACGGACGACCCAUACCGUAAGAUGCUAAUGCUAGGGGCCAUCGCUGCGGCGUCAGCCUUCGUGGUCACAAUCUUCAUCGUGGUGGUCUGUGUGGGCUGCCAGAGGAAAAACAAGACCAAACAUCCUGUGUCCAAUGGAGAGAAGGGUACCUCAGUAGAAAUGGGUGCUCUCCGUCAGCCCAAGAACAGUUCCAUGAGUAAAUCUGACACCAGGCUGCAUGAGAUCAACCGCCUGCCUUGCAACGGCAACAGUGGGGGUAAGAAUCGUCCAGCCAGUAUGGACCUGCUCCUCCUCCACAGCCGUCGCUCCACGUCUGACCUCCGCCCACCCCUGGUCCGCCAGCUUCCCCAGAUCCCCAACAGACCAGUGGGGAAGGGAGACCCCGAGGGGGGAGACAUUCGGGGGGGAGGAGGAGAUGGGGUCAGAGACCACACCUACACUGAGGUGGGAAUCCGGAACUCACCCGUCCGUUGCCUUGAUGAUGGGCUGUAUGAGGUUGUAGGGGUUCGAGAGGCAGACACGGUGCCCCCCGCUCCCCCUCCCACGUCGGCCAACACCCCGGCAACACUAAGGGCUUCACAGAGCCCCAAUGGGACCCGAACCAACGUGGUCCGAAACGGGAAUGGGAAUGGAAAUGGGAAUGGGAAGGGCAGAGGGAACGGCAGAGGGGCUGUUAAUGGCUGUAGCACUCUUGGUAGAGGUGGAGGGAAGGGGCCCAAUGGUGCUAACGGUGUUAACGGAUCUAGCGGCUCGCUCUUGUCCUCCCUUCCCUCCCUGGCCAUUCAGGACCCAGUAACGGCAGAGUACGCCUCCAUCCGGAAGGUCAAGAAGGUGAACAAGGCAUCGAAGAACGAGAUAGGGAACACAGAGUCAGAUGACCAAUCAAGUGUCCAAUCAAGUGUGGGAGAGUCACCCUCUGCCCCGCCCCCUCUGCUGCCCCGCAGCCAGGAGGUUCCACGGAAACAGCUGGAGCCAUUCCACCUGCACGUCUUCCCGAAGGAGACGGUAUUCAUGGGGAACGGGGAACAGUACAUCUGGAAGCCCCCAGAGGAUGAUGACAUCAUCACCCUGCACCGAGCACCUGCACCCCCGGGGGAGAACGGACAGGGAUACACACCUACAGCCAUGGAGAUCACAGACACCUACUCCACUGUGUGUAAACCACAGAAGAAGAAACCUUCCCCAGACCACAGCGCAGCCAAGACCCUCCCCCGCAACCACUGCUCUGGGGGGAAGAAUGGAGGAGGUAGGGGAGGAGGAGCAGGAGGGAAUGAGGGAGGGAACGGGGCAUGGGGUGGCGGUCGGGGGAUCCAGGGUGGCCAGGCCCGAUCCCAUGAGGAGCCCUGCUACGAGCCCGUCGGCGACAGGUCCUGCCCCCCCUGUGUGGUGGCCGAGUCGGACCCGGCGUACGCCACUAUCGACUCCCACCGGAAACAUGAGUGGGCAGGAACCAAUAACGGUGCGCUGGGGGCGAACGCUACACUAAAGCCCAGGAAGAAGCCUCCUCAGCAGGGAGCAUCGUCUCCAGAGGCCCCAUGCCCCCAGGGACCUCCAGCAUGCCCCCCGGCUCCUCCAUCUAGGGCCUUGCCUGGGGGGGAGAACUUCUAUGAGACCAUCAGUGAUGUGAAACAGGGGGCCAACAGUGCCAGCACCACCACCAUCUUCACCUUCAACGACGGGAUGGAGAUGUAUGUCACUGGCCUGUAGCUGAGAGACACUGGCUCACAGACACACACACACACACACACACACACACACACACACACACACACACACACACACACACACACACACACACACACACACUGGGCUGGGUUCUGACCUGUUUGGGUUCUUCUGACCCUGUCUACCCUUUCUUUACGCUAUGAAAGUGACUGGAAGCAAUGUACAUGGAGCCCCACAGUGGAGGUGUCAUAAUACCCAUAAAACCUAGCGUUCAAACGGAAAUGGUUCCAAUCGUUUUUCUCCCAUAAAGUUUUCCCAUAGGAGAUGUUAGAAACACUUCAAAUAAGGGCUUUGUUUCAUGUAGGCUUACCCUGGCGUGACAGGUAAAUGUUAAUCUCGUACAAGGGGAAUUUUACCAAUAUAUUAGUCUUUAUUUACUCUCAGAUUCUAAAAUGCUAAUUAGGAUCAAAAAACAACAAAUCCAUGCAAUCUCCUGCACCAAGCCAAAUUUGUGUCAUCUCUAGCUGACACCUUUGCUAACAGGUAUUGAGUCAAUUUAAAUAUUGCACCAGACAGUUCACAGAAUUGUCCAUUUAAAGAAAUUAGCCAAUUUAUUCCUUACUACAUUUAGCUAACAUUAGAUAGUAAAUCCAGAGAUUCUUACCUUUGCCUCAAUUGGGCAGUCUCGUCCACAUCAUCAAUGCAUUUGUAGUUCUUUAUGAUAGCCAAAUUAGCAACUAAUUACAAUUUCAUUUUUGGGGGAGAAAUACAGUUAAAUAUAUGGAUAGAAUUCACCUUGUCUAUAGAGAUUUACAUGCUUAUCAAAACUUACACGAAACACAGACCUUAUUUGAAGUAUUUCUAAAAACUCCUAUGGGGAAAUGUAUGGUAGAAAAACAAUUGGAACCAAUUGGAAUUCCCCUGUUUGACCUCUAGGUGUUAUGGGUAUUAUGACUCGUACUGUGAUACUCCAUAGCAGGGUUUCCCUAGCUCGUUUCUGGGGCCCCGUUUUGGUUUCUGGGGCCCCCCUGGGUGCACAUUUUGGUUUUUGCCGUUUCACUACACAGCUGAUUCAAAUAACCAACUCAUCAUCACGCUUUGAUUAUUUGAAUCAGCUGUGUAGUGCUAGGGGAAAAACCACAACCUGUACCCAGGUGGGCCCCAGGACAGACUUUGGGAAAACCUGCUCUAUAGCAAUGAGAACAACUGCUGAAAUCGAGCCGCAAAUGUUAUGCAUUCUAACACCAGGUUUAAACAGUAUCUCAACCCAGGGUCAGGUACCAGACCCAACCAGUGGUGGGCAUGGUACUGACUGGGGAAGCCCAUAUAGGGGUUCCAGGUUAGUUGAACCUUGGAUAGGAGCGCCAGUUCAAGGGUUACAGCUCAAGUCGUUUAUCAGACAAUCUUGUACACAGUAGAGGAACUUACAGCAGUAAAUGCAUACAUUUUCUUACUGGUCCCCCAUGGGAAUUGAACCCACAACCAUGGCAUUGCAAACACCAUGCUCUUCCAACUGAGCCACACAGGACAACCUGAGGGGUUCCCCCUCAUUUACACCACUGGACUCAAAGGAACCCAAUCUACCCUACGUCUCUGAGCUUUACCGCAGAGCCAGUCUGGCUAACUCAGUCUGGACUGCACCCUCUCAGCCAGACUCAAACAGGUCCCAACCAGAACAGACUGAGCAUCAUGUUAUGAACUGUGUCACUGUUCACCUUACCUUACCAUUUGUGUCACAUUUUACAUAUAGAUUUAUUUUUGUAUAAAUAUGGUACUGUUAAUAAAGCAUGGCUUGUGUACAGAGCGACACACAAUCCCCCAAAAUAACAUGAUAAAAGUGUGUAGACUCCAGGAAGGCUUCACUUCUAAGUUCCAACCCCCUGAUGACAUUACCGAUGACGUCACUGGUGGUAAAAAGGGUUUGACUAUAUUACUGAUUUUAACAAGUUUAAAUCCAAGCCUCAGAGACUCAUGGAAGGAUUAAACACAAACACAUACAGACACACACACAAGCACACACACAUACACAUACCUUGUGCUGGGAAUUAUGUAAUAGAAGCAGAUGGGAGUCUGGGAGAUUGGCUGUGAUUAGCUCUCCUUAAGCAAACAUAUCAAACAGGUCCUCUCUCUGUUGCCGGGCAGGGCAGAUAUGGUUUGACUUUGAGAAAAAAUCUGACAUGUAGCCUAGGUCUAUAUGGUACGUGGACGUUAACAUGCUCUGACCUGGAGGAGGCGAGCUUGGCUCCAACCCACCACUCUCCUGUACACUCUUUACUCCUUGGUAUUCAAGGUAGAAGUUGCCCCUAACCACAGAUACACACACUGAAGAUGUCUUGUAACUGGAAGGGUCUUUGGAUGAAAGUGUCAUACAGCAAUCACUCACUAUACAUCUGAAGUACAUGUAUCAGAGUUAUAUGCUGGGAGAUCUUGACCAACUUUCUGACUCUGAUGUUCAUCUUGUAGCGUUGUAUUGAGCUCAGCCGGUUGAUAGGGCAGGGUAAAAUGGCCUUGUUCUUGUUGUCAGUGGUGACACAGUUCAAGUGAAGCAGUGGUCCGCCUCACACUGUUAAUUCCAUCCAGAACCACAGUGACUGACCACAGAGCAACAACUGACACACUUAUAGGGACAGUUUGACCCGACACCAAAGUCUUCCCUUUUCACAUCUCAAAAGUGCUCUAAUGUCGAGUGGAAUCCAAAUAACACAGGUUCUGUGGUGUAGAGCCUUAUUCUCAAAUCAAUGGGGUUGAUUGGCACAAUUUGGGGGUGAGCUGUCAUAAAGAGGACUGAUUUGGCUAUACUUUAGUCAGAUUUAAUUUAUUGUAAGUUGUUAUUCACGUUCUUUGUUUUCAAAACUCCUGGAGCUUAAAAUAAUGUUAUUUGCAUGGCAAAACACACACACACACACACAGACAUACACAAUCUUGGCAGAGAUACACAGGGCAAAGCCAACGGGUCAGGGACACGGCGUGGGCUGGGUAGAUCUUUCUCUGAAGGAGAAAGGCAACCGAUUUCACAAUCUCUGCCCAGGACCUAUGGGGCGUUGCUAACAUUUUCUUUUAUGGCCAAGGUAAUGGAGUCUUGGAGAGUGGUAGGGCUAUUGGCGGUUUCGUGUAGUUACUGCAGUGAAGGGCGUUUGUGUAGCAGGGCCCUGAUUCGCUUCACAGGCUGAAGUCAAUGCCAGGACUCUACUGCUGCACUCUGGGCCGCAGUCUGUCUGUCGGUUGGAACAGCCAUUGAGGGGUUGGAAUCCAAAGAAAAUAAAGUGUUGGGCAUAAAAUGACCAGUGAGCGUCUUUUGGAAGCCCCCCCAGCCUGUGCUGAAAGUUCUGUUCUAUUGUAAACAAGCUCUUUCCCAUGUAGCUCUUGGGGGAAAUGUGAUGUAUGAACUGAAGAAGAAAAACAGUGACAUUAGGGUUUAAUAAAGGGGUGUUUUCAAGUCAAAAGGUAAAGAGGGACACAAACUGCUCAGGGACAGAGAGGUAUAUGAGGGAUGAAUAACAGCAGUAUGUGUUAGGCCAUCUAACUUUAGGAGAGCGUGUGGAAAAUGUAGUUCUAUAAGAUGUAUAGGUGUGUAUAGGUUUACUAUGAAAUACAUCUUAUGAAAUGCAUUCUGUAUUUUCUUAAUGCACUGUUUAUGUAAUAAAAAAAUGUUUACCUAUUGUGUUUAAAUAGCUUAUGCCACUGCCAUGGAGACGCUACUUGUACUGUGUUUAAUGCUGUUGGUGCAAUUUUCCUGCUUGAAACAUAAUGCAUGUCUUUGACCAAAUGAAAAAACAAAAUAUUGUACUACUUUAUUUAUUUCCUAAUGUUUGUUUUCUGUUUUCCUGUUUUGUCAUGGGAGAAAAAAAAUAACAUUCCAUUUGGGGCUGAGAGAGAGAGAGACUCUCUCCAUGCUCCAAAUUAUGAAACUGUCAGGAGGUUGCCAGUAGGAGGGAGGAAGCACACUCUGGUUCUACUCCCUGUAUUAUCCUCUCUCUCUUUUUCCUCUCUUAUCUCCUCCCGCUUUUCUCCUCUCCUCUCUGUGCUGUUAGAGAUGGGCCUUUGAUGUUGCUUCUUCUGAGGGACCAAGGGAGAGAUAUGGGGGUGGAGGGGUAGAGGGACUGCCUGGGGGUCAUGCCGACCCUGCAUGCUUUCAACAUCAAUAGUGCAGUUGUAUUGGUGUAUGUGAUAUGACCAAUGACUAACAGCUGAGAUGAUUUAAGCAGCUUUGGGAACAUAACUUUUGUCAUCCAGCACUGUCACUGCUAGUCUCCUGAGGAAAUUCACAAACUUUUCAUUCAUCCCGUUUAGCACAGACUAAAUUGACAAAGACAUGGACGGACCAGGACCAAAUAAAAGCUAAACAGUACUUUAAAAUAUAUUUUGAAAAUGCAUAUUAUGGCAAAUAAUGUAUUGUGCAUCAAUUUAUUUCUUUUUGCCUCUCAGUUUGGCACAAACAUAUCUGACAAAGACACGCUCACAUAAAUAGCCUACAUUUUGAGGCAAAUGGUAUUAUGUGAAAUAUUGUUGUUUUGAUGUCAUACAGAACUAUUUCACUUGUUAUUGGUUGUAUGCUGAAAGACUUGAUGUUAGUGGAUAUAUUGAUGGUUAUCACCAAUGUUGUGGUUUUUACGUUGGAGCAAUGAUGAGCUAGCCUACUUUUCAAGAAUCACUGAUGUUCAAUUCUCAAUGGCUGACGCUCUCUUUCAAUCUAUCUUGUGAAUUGAAAUAAUGAGAAAUAAAGUUGAUUUUGGUUGGUUUCUGUGUAGUAGGUAGAACGUCACAUUGAUGACGCAUGUAGUGGAGCAGAAGUGUUAUCCCCUAUAUUAAUUCUACUAUUUUCCAAUAAUUGGUUUAUGGGCCUGUGAGUGGCAGCGUAUUUUGGUUUUAAGAUGACACAGGGUUUUAACGUGGAAAACAAUAUAAUAUAACAUCAUGUGAAAAUGUGCAAAAGAUUGUAAAUGUUUUAUAAUCAUUCAUAAAAUAUCAGUCUCAAGUUUUUACUUUUGUAAUAAAGUAGCACCUUAAAACGUG